CUCGUUCAUAACUUGACGUGCUAUAAAUAUGCAUAUAUCCUCCCACCGUAGCCAAAGCACCAGCAAUUAAUUUGAAAACCAAGAGACAGAAAGCUAGCAUCUGUGUAAGGGAAAAUGGCCUCCACCUCCUCCUACUUCCUUCUCCUAGCGGCUGUUCUUGCUUUGGUCUCAUGGCAGGCCGUAGCUUCAGAUCCUAGCCCUCUCCAGGACUUCUGCGUCGCAGACAACAGCUCACAGGUUCUUGUUAAUGGAUUCGUCUGCAAGGACCCAAAAGACGUUACGGCAGAGGACUUCUUCCUUUCAGCCAAACUUGACAUGCCUAGGGACACCAAGAUGAGCAAGGUUGGGUCCAAUGUGACCUUGAUCAACGUCAUGAAGAUUCCUGGCCUUAACACGUUGGGCAUUUCCCUAGCACGUAUCGACUAUGCACCUCUUGGAGAGAACCCACCACACACGCACCCUCGUGCUACUGAGAUCCUCACGGUGCUUGAGGGCACGCUCUACGUCGGCUUUGUCACGUCUAACCCAGAAAACAAGUUCUUGUCCAAGGAGCUCAAGAAGGGUGAUGUGUUUGUUUUCCCACAAGGACUCAUCCACUUCCAAUUCAACCCCAAUCCCUACAAGCCGGCCGUUGCAAUUGCUGCACUUAGCAGCCAGAACCCAGGAGCUAUCACCAUUGCCAACGUUGUUUUUGGAUCAAAGCCAAUGAUUUCGGAUGAUGUUCUUGCCAAGGCCUUUCAGGUGGAGAAGAAGACCGUGGACUGGCUCCAAGCACAGUUCUGGGCUGACAACCACAACUGAUUGAGUAUCUGGCUAGCUAAUAUGUGUAAUAAAUAAUUGUUUCUUGUGCUUGAUUGUCCAUAUAUUUGUUUAUUUGAUUUGUUCCAAAGAUGAAUAAAAUAUAGGUCUGGUUUCUAUUUA